CAUUGCAUCUCCUUCGGUUUCUGAUACUACUGCCGAUGACCGCGUAUCUUCACCAAAGAAGACGAUAAAACGGAGUUGACUAAACCGUAUAAACCAUACAGGGAGCUCUGUACCCUUACAUUCUCCGAGUCUUGUCCCUCCAAUAUCACCGGAAAUUAUUUAUCGCCUUCUGUUCGGCAGCUAUGCAUCCUGUUGAAAGUCAUCAACAAACACGCCCCGCUCUACAAUCUUUAUGAGCACCAAUGCUACUGGUUUGCCAAUACCGUGUUCGACAUGUUGAAGAAACUAUUUCCAAAUGCAGAGGAGAAGUGUAGUUCACACGACAUACGCGGCAACUAUCACGGGUUGAAAUUCGACCAUCGUAACAGUAUAGAGACGAUAACUGAAGAAUAUAACACGUCAUGGCGCGAGGCGUGUGACAGUGCACGCCAACGAGAGCAACUCAAGGCUGAAAGUGCGCGCCGCGACGCUGAAAGACUGGCUGAAAUAGCCCAGCUCAAAGCCAGACUACGUGAAUACGAAGACUGUCAGCCUGACAAUGCGGCGGCCCCGGCCUGAAGAAGGGAUGUCAAGUUUGUUCUCGUAGCCAGGAAGACAGCAAAGCUGUCAAACAUGCCAUAUCUUUCCUAUUAUUUAUUUUCACAGAGCGGAAUCUAUGACUCGUCAUCGUUAACAUGUCCAUGUAUAUUUUAGUACACUGUUUCAGGUGUAGGUACCGUGCCAGGCCUCUAGUGUAGUUAAAUCAUCGCGACGGUUCGAAAGCGGGUAGUUUGAUAGUGCCACUUAGACUCCCAUGCUGCUAUGUUAUAACGAUCCCCAGAUAGUUGCCAAAUGUUUAUGGAGGAUGUCGCUGCGAAUAAUGACAAAGAAAUCUAUAAUCAUG